AUGACCGGAGAAGAAAUAUCCGGCCCUCCUGGACCCAAGCUCAUCCGUCUCGUCUUCUUCAUCGGUGCUGGAGUGAUCUGCACCACCGCAAUCAACAAGUGGCGUGAAUACGAGAGGAACACCAUCGUUCAGCAACAGCAGCAGCGACCUGUGGAGACGCAUAAUUCGUCGGAAUCUGUUGCCGUUCCCAAAACUCUCAAAUAA